AUGGAGCCUCCUGGAGGUUGGGGGUCUCCUCCCCGGAGACCCGCCCCCAAAGCCGACUUCUUGACGCUGGUGCUGUAUCUCACCUUCCUGGGAUCCCCCUGCUACGCCCCAGCUCUGCCCUCCUGCAAAGAGGACGAGUACCCAGUGGGCUCUGAGUGCUGUCCCAAGUGCGGUCCAGGUUUCCACGUGAGGCAGGCCUGUGGGGAGCAGACGGGCACGGUGUGUGAACCCUGCUCUCCGGGGACCUACAUUGCUCACUUCAAUGGCCUGAGCAAGUGUCUGCAGUGCCAAAUGUGUGACCCAGCCAUGGGCCUGCGCACAAGCCGGAACUGCUCCACGACAGCGAACGCCCUGUGUGGCUGCAGCCCAGGCCACUUCUGCAUCAUCCAGGACGGGGACCACUGCGCCGCGUGCCGCGCUUACGCCACCUCCAGCCCGGGCCAGAGGGUACAGAAGGGAGGCACUGAGAGUCAGGACACCCUGUGUCAGAACUGCCCCCCGGGGACCUUCUCUUCCAAUGGGACCCUGGAGGAAUGCCAGCACGGGACCAAGUGCAGCAAAUGGCUGGUGACGGAGGCCGGACCUGGGACCAGCAGCUUCCGCUGGGUGUGGUGGUUUCUCUCAGGGACCCUCAUCGUCAUUGUCAUUGUUGGCCUAAUACUUGGCCUAAUAUAUGUGAAAAGAAGAAAGUCAAGGGGCGAUGUAGUCAAGGUGAUCGUCUCCGUCCAGCGGAAGAGACAGGAGGCAGAAGGUGAAGCCAUAGUCACUGAGGCCCUGCAGGCCCCUCCGGACAUCACCACAGUGGCCGUGGAAGAGACAGAACCUGCAUUCACUGGGAGGAGCUGA